AACAACUACCGCUACCUUGCGCGGUUGUCUCAACUUUCUCGCUUUUGACACAUCACUCUCCGAGCGUGUUUGUCGAGUCUUUUACACACACACGCGCACACACAGCCGACCGUACGAACCCGUAUGCUCUUUGAGUCGACACCAAUACACGAUAGACGAUAUACAUGUAGUACAGUGAGUAAGAUGGCGGAUGAUGAGUUUGUCGCGAUUUCAGAUCAAGAAAAAGUUAGAAUAGUAUCUGAUUUUAUUUUGCAUUCACCCCCAGGUGAAUUUAACGAGGUUUUUAACGACGUCAGAGUAUUACUCAAUAAUGACAAUUUGUUAAAAGAGGGUGCGUCGGGGGCAUUUGCUCAAUACAAUAAGGACCAGCUUACGCCUGUUAAGAUCGAGGGAAGUGAUUACCCGGCACUUAUCACCGAGUACAAUGAUCUGGGGAACCAGAGGUUUUAUGAUGGACGCAGUAAGCUCAGUUUUAAGUACGACCACCUACGAAAAGAAGCUACUGAUUAUGAACAGUAUGAACCAGACGUCAACGCCGAGCCUUGGAGAUCUGUGCUACAAGAGGAAAUUAUGAAUUAUACUCAAAGUCAUUAUAGACAUGGAGUUUGUUCGGUGUUUGGUAAAAGUCAAGGAGGUAAUAUAACGUUGACUGCAUGCAUAGAGGACCACCAAUUUCAACCGAAAAAUUUUUGGAACGGGCGUUGGCGUUCAGUUUGGAGUGUUAAUUUUAGUACAAGUUCCGGUAACGCCGAAUUACGAGGUAGUCUAAAAGUGCAAGUUCACUAUUACGAAGACGGUAACGUACAAUUAGUGAGCAGUAAAGAGGUUAAAGAAAGUCUCCCGAUAUCAAACGAGAAACAAACGGCCAAGGAAUUGAUUCGUUUGGUAGAGGAGUCGGAAAACGAUUACCAAACGGCGAUAUCUGAAAAUUAUCAGACAAUGUCCGACACAACAUUCAAGGCUUUGCGGAGGCAACUGCCUGUUAUGCGAACUAAAAUUGACUGGAAUAAAAUCGUCUCGUACAGUAUUGGCAAAGAGCUUAAGAGUCAAUAGAAAAUAGAUUUUUUUAUAUAAUUCAUAAGAGAAUUAAUUAUUAAAACAAAAUAAUAAAUAAAAUAAUUAUUAAUUAAUAGAUAAUAAUAAUUAUAUGAUAAUUAAUAUUAAUACUAAAGUAAUUGAAUUGGUUAAUAAUAAAUUGAGCAUUUCGCAGCCGAGUCUGGAGGUGUGAUGUGCGAGGAAGCUGAUGUAAUACCGUUGGUAAUAUUAUUAAUUAUUAUAAAUAAUUAAUAAAACAAAUGCAUUUAAUUAUUAA